GCAAAGCACUGAGGGUGGCUGUAUGCUGAAUAUUUGCUGAAGGAAGGUUUUCAUAUUUUAAAAUGGGUUCUAAAAUCAUUGCUGCUAGUGUUGCUUUGUGCCUGCUUUACGCUGCUCUUACUCAAGCUAUGACACUGUCAGGAACAGGGCUGAAGCCAAACUGUCGGUGUCUGGAGACUUUCUCUAAAUUCAUCCAUCCUCAAUUCCGCUUAAAUGAGGAGCUCAACAAUGAAUGUGAUAAUAUAGAAGUUAUAAUCACUGUUACAACAGGAAUAAGUGUGUGUGUGGAUCCCUCAGCACCAUGGGUUCAAGGGAUUAUCAAGAAAAAUUCUCUACAAGCAGGCAACAGAGAUAAGUAAGACAAAGAAGAAGAGCAAGUCUUCGAAAGAAGAAGAUACAAAUGCUGAGAAUAUUUGCUAUUUACACAAGAAUACAAGUACAAGAAAACAUGCCACUGUUUUUUCUUUUCUUACCUCUGCCUAUUUAACUUUCUUAUCCUACUUUUACUUUAUUUGAUCAUUAUCUCUCGAUGCUGUAGCAAAGAUAACAACAAGAAAUGUCAAUUCAGUUGUAACAAUAUUUUUUUACUGCAAAUACAUUUUGUUCAACCACUUGUAAAUUAAUUAACUAUUCAAUAAAAUUACAGCUGCAAUAUAUACUUUUGUGUUCUAAUUGUAGUUUUAAUGGCACUACAAGAUUUGCCUUAAUGCAGAGUUGGUUGAUGGUCAUUGUCCCGGGUGGGAGGAGCAUUUUCAUUUUACCUGACCACAACUCUAGUUAAUUGAAGGGAUGUGGGGAUCACAGGUAGGGCUCAUUUUUAAAUGACCCCAACACUAUCUAGGUAAAGGGUAUUAGGGCAUAGCAAGGUCUUGAUGUUAUCUAUACUGCACAUAUUUUCAUAACACAUUUAUACCAUAUAAAUAGACAGACCAAUAGAUAGAUAGAUAGAUAGAUAGAUAGAUAGAUAGAUAGAUAGUGUCAGACUGGGGGGUCCGGGCACACCAGGACACGUGAUGUUUUGAGCAUCAUUGUACUUAGACAUAAAAAAGUGGCAAGCAGUGAUUCCACUUUAUUUUUUUGGCGAGGAAUAUUUACAAUUUAUGCCCUGUCCAUGUUUAUACAUCGCUUUUUUCCAGCUAUUGCAGGUUUUUUGCCAAAGUUGCUUAGUGUAUCAAAAAUUGGAAAAUGAACAUGUUUUCUUAUGUGCACAUAGAUAUUGUUCAUGCUGAGAGUAAGUAUCAUGGCCCAGUGCAAUUAACAUUUAUUUUGUGGAUCAAACAUUUUCUAAUUAUAGUCAUAAAAAUGGAAUUCAUUUGUUUGAAUCUGGAUUAGAGAUGCCGUGUAAACCAAACCAGAUGUUUUCAGGGGGAGAGCGCAUCCAAAGUUGUGUCUUUCAUUAAAAUGUUUUUGCCCUGUGACAAAAUUGUGGGCUCAAGUCAGAGUGAACCUAGUAAUUUGCUAUACUCCAAACAAUUUGCAAAUGUGGCACGACCUUGAGAGAAAUAAAAACAUUUUAACUUUCUAUAAUGAAUGAAAAUUCCAGGCAUUAAUAAUAUGUUCUUCACAGAACUUCAUCUACAUAAAUAAACUGUUGACCUCGACAAAGUAACUAUUUAUUGUGUAAACUCUUUUUAGCUGAAAAUGCAAAGAACUUACUCUCUGCCAGACAUAUAUAUGUAAGCAAAAACAUGUAAUACAUUCAAAUUAGGUUUGGGUCAGAUCACUUUGACUACUUUUAACACUGUGGCUAGAAAAGUUCCUAAAACAGAUUCUCAACCAAUGGGCCAGG